AUGCUGAGCUUCGUCAUGAAGAUCUACGAUCUGUUGGGGUUGGUUGGUUCCCUAAUUAUCCAAGGAAAAUAUUACUGCAAGACGUGGAAGGUGAAAGUGGAUUGGGAUCAACAGAUACCCAGCGAACUAUUUAAACGUUGGAAGUCGUGGUUGCAAGUUUUGAAGGAGCUGAACUCCAUUCGAGUCCCUCGAAGCUACUUUCCUGGAUAUGAUCCGGCCUGUUAUGACGACAUAGAGCUUCACAUAUUCGUGGAUGGAAGUGCACAAGCCUAUUCUGCCGCGGCGUACUUUCGCGUCAAAGAUCGAGGGCAGAUACGAUGUGCCUUGGUUGCUUCCAAAACAAAGGUAGCUCCGCUUCAGAUAUUUUCGAUUCCACGAAUAGAACUGCAAGCGACCGUGAUUGGUGCACGUCUGCGCAAAGCGAUCGAGGAUGGCCAUUCGAUCCACGUUAAACGCACGUACUUUUGGAGCGACUCCAGCAACAUUGUAUCGUGGAUCAAGUCAGACACCCGCCGAUACCGGCAGUAUGUAGCGUUCAGAGUCAACGAAGUAUUGAACCUGUCCAAAGUUGAAGAAUGGCGUUGGCUUGGGACGAAGAACAAUGUUGCAGAUGAAGCUACGAAGUGGGGGAAUUGUCCGAAUUGCAAUCCUGAGAGCCGAUGGAUGUGUGGACCUGCUUUCCUUUAUGAAGCUGAAGAUGAUUGGCCGAAGCACAAACCCAAGAAAGCGGACGAAGCGGAAGAGCUGAGACCUGCGUACGUGUGCAGUCACUUGCUGUCUGUGCCGAUGAUCGACCUGUCGAGAUUCUCAAAAUACGAGCGACUACUUCGGAGCGUGGCCCACAUGUAA